AUGGGGAGCGGUCUGAGCAGCGCCACCAGCCGGAAGUUGUCUGGGAAAAGGGAGCCUCCGCCGCAAGCAGAAUCUUCGAGAGUCCUGUUCCUCCUUUAUUUGAUUCAUAGAACGUGGAAUGUUGUGAUUGAACACGUCGAUUCAAAAAGUUCGAGAUGGCGUGGUUCCCACACGGUGCCCAGUUCCGGCGAAACUCUAGGUCGCAGGUUCGACUCGGUCAGCCUGGAAGAAUCUGAUCCUGGCUCUUGUUACUCGGCAUGCAGUUGCAGUUACUGCCGUCUUCGGGAAUGUGCCCAUGAUUGCGUUAGGUAA